UUUCCCUCCUCCCCCACCCACAGUCUCCCGGCGGCGGCCUAGCUCUUCCUUCCACUCCACCUCAGAAACACCAAGCGACUUGUAUUAUUUCCCACGCGACCAUAUACACGCUACACAACCAGCGACUUUUUCUUUUUCUCAACUUUUUCUCAAACUCGCAAGGAUUGCAUUUUCUAUUUUUGAAGGAUAAUGGACGACAAAAUAAUUAAGAAAGUAGGCUUAUGAGCUGACUUUUCUUCGGGCUGAUUUUACUCGGGAGGGUAACGUUAAGUAGGAGGACAACGUAUGUGCAGGAGGACAAACUUAUGUGCGUGCGUGUUUUAAACUUCUGCGACGUACAACUUUCCAUUGUUUUCGUUUUCCCUUUCAGUUUUAAGAGAUUGCUAGUUGUUUUUACACCAGUAUACGAUUAUUCGUGGAAUCGUCGAUGUGGGUUGUAACGUUAGCCUGUUUUUCUAGCCCAAAAUAAAAGACGCGACAAGAAACGAGUGGAACAACUCCAGGAAUCGACUAGCUAGUUAACUAGUUAGCUUAGCAUGGCUAACUAACGUUAGCUAGCUAACAAUGAACAGUCGUUGGAUGCUUAUUUUUGCAGAGUUUGCAACAACUAGUCUUGUUCAUGGCUAAUCUCGUUACAACCACUGGAAAUCCAAAUAAUACAGUGUACUAGCUAGCUAACGUUAGCAGGGUGUUUUGAAACUCGGUGGGUACGACAUCACUUCCACGGCAAGACAACAGUGAGUGUGUUUUUAGAAAUUCAAGAUGCCGCAGCUGAACGGAGGAGGAGGAGAUGAUUUGGGAGCCAACGACGAGUUGAUCUCGUUUAAAGAUGAGGGGGAGCAGGAGGAAAAGACCGCCGAGAAUGUGUCCUCUGAGCGGGACCUGGACGAUGUCAAGUCUUCACUGGUCAACGAGACGGAGAACAACAGCAGUUCGUCUGACUCCGAGCAGGCAGUCAGUCAUAGACGUCCCCAGCAUCACAUACCGGAUUGGGAGAGUUAUGUCAGACAGAGAGAGUUCGUUGCAGAAGCUCUGAGGAGACAGCAACACGACAGUGGGUUGUUCAAGGCAUCUCUGUACGCUGGCUAUCCUUUACUGAUGAUCCCUGACCUGGGUAGCCUAGCCAACCUGGGACACUUGGGGAACCUUGGCAACCCCUACCUUUCUCCGGGAGUCCUCUCACCCGGCGCCAGGACGUAUCUACAGAUGAAGUGGCCCAUGCUGGAUGUUCCUGGAACUUCUGCUUUAAAAGACCCUCGCUCUCCCUCCCCUGCUCACAUGUCCAAUAAGGUACCAGUGGUGCAGCAUAGUCAUCUGUCCCCCUUCUCCCCACUCCUGUCCUACAGUCCAGACCCCUUCCCCCCACGGACACCCCCUCCUCACCUCUCAGCUGACACGGGUCUUCCCCCCACCCCCCACCCAGCAGAGCUCUCUCCUUACUACCCUCUCUCUCCUGGAGGCAUGGAACACAUGACACACCCGCUGAGCUGGCUGCAGGGCCAGUCCAUGUACGGUAUUCCAGUGGGGGGGUUUAGACCAUCCUACCCUGCAGCUCUCGCCUUGAACUCUUCCAUGUCCAGCUUUGUGUCCAGUCGUUUCUCACCCCACAUGGUCCCGCCUCCCCAGACGUCAGUCCCCCACCCUGCCAUCGUUUCCACGGCGAUCAAACAGGAACCGAGAGAUGGCAACCAGCACGGGAGGUGUGCUGUGUCUAUGGGGGACAGAGAGAAGGAGGAGAAGAAGCCUCACGUGAAGAAGCCUCUGAAUGCCUUUAUGCUGUACAUGAAGGAGCAGAGACCCAAGGUGGUGGCUGAGUGCACCCUGAAGGAGAGCGCUGCCAUCAACCAGAUUCUGGGACGCAGGUGGCACACUCUGUCUCGUGAGGAGCAGUCUAAGUACUAUGAUAUGGCCCGCAAGGAGAGACAGCUACACUCCCAACUCUACCCUGGAUGGUCAGCUAGAGACAACUACGGGAAGAGGAAGAAAAGGAAGAGAGAUGGCAGGCCAGAGACUGCUCCAGAGGGACAGAUGACACACCCCCAGUCAGCUGCUCCAGAGGAGCACUUCUCCGCGCAGCUCAAGAAGUCGUGUGUGUCCUAUGGAACUCAGGAGAGACCCAGUGUGUCUCACACACACCUGACACACACACACCUGUCCCAGGCUAGUCCCGCCUCCUCUCUGGACUCUCCAGCCACGCCCACCACUGCUCUGGCCUCCCCUGCCGCUCCCGCACCCACACACACCGAACACACACACUCACACUCCGAGCACACACAUCCUGAGCAGGUCCAGCCCCUCUCCCUCACCACCAAACCCCCUCGUCUGCAGUCACACAGGGACACACACGGUCAGGCUUACACCCACAUCCAGUCUCACACACAUUCACAUUUAUUAACUCACACACACCUCCCCCCGCCCCCUACCCCCAAUACCUCUUCAUCUUCAUCCCCCUCCUCUCAUCCCCCAUUUUCUCUCCACAUGAGCUCAUCCAGCAAACAGACUCCACCACUUCUGUCUCGACCAAUCCCCUUUGCCUCUGGCUUAGCUCCUCCCACCUCUAUCCACCAAUCAACAAUGAGCUCCCAUCAUGCCAUGCUCCAGUCCCAGCCACUCUCCCUCGUCACUAGAAAUAAUAAUUAAAACCCAAAGACGCUAACCACAGAUCUAUGAUCAGAUUCCUCUAAGGCCAGCCGUAACCUUAAGCAUUACACUACCCCUAACCACAGAUACCUCUAAACCCUGUCUAAUCAUGGGUGGGAUGAAAAAAUAUCUGACCCCCUAUCAGUGUGUUGGAGAGUCCUCUCUACUCUGUGGGCAGGGGUGAACAACUCCUUGAGGGCUACAUGAUGCUCCAGCCUAGCACCACACACAAUUUAAAUAGUGUUUGAAUAGAGGUUUAAAUGAAGAUCAUUAUUCAUUGAUUAGCGGAAUCAUGUUAGUGCUGGGCUGGGGGGGAAAAGCCUGCAACACCCACUGUUGCUUUAGGAUUAGGGUCAAUUUCUUCCUACUUUUUUAUUGUUUUUUUUUGUCUGUAAAUAAACUUUUUUAACCUUUUAUAGAUAUUAGACCUAGUUUUAUAUUAGUAUGAAAAGGAAACAAUUAUUGGUCAAUAUUUGACCACACCUCUUUUAACUUGGCUUCAUGUAACUACAUUUUUUUGUCAAAUGGUAUUGCAACAUCCUACCUUUUUUUUGUAUUAAUUUGUCCAAUUUGCUACUUGUAUAAAAUACAAAAAAGUAAAGGUACAUUUUUUAAGAAAAAUAGAUCAAUGUACGUUUCAGUCUUUGUGGUAGUAAUGUGUGUAGAUCUGGUUUCCCUCCCUCCCCUAUUCUUUUAUAACCCCCCAUAUGACCCAUAUGAGUCUUGAUAAUAAACAUCUACUUAUUU